AUGAGUUCGGCAUCAGCCAUUCUCACAGCUUUAUCCGAUUUGACCAAUAAUCCAAAAUUGGAACAUUAUGAUCCUCAUAUUUGUAAAGAUAUUCAUAUUAAACUUGAUAAAGAAGCACGAGACCAAGGUUUAAGCUAUGAAGAACGUUUCGAAAUGGCCAAAAAAAAUAUGUCUGUUUAUGAUAAAUGGGCAUCAAUAUUUCCUACUGGUAUCUCACAAUGUCUUAAAGAAUACUGGAAAGAACGUAUGAGUUCAGCACCACUUGAUCCUCGUUUUCCAAAUGUCAAUCAAACAAAACGAUGUUGGAUUAAUUAUGUUGAUUAUCAGCGUUGUAUGGAAAUGAAAAAUGAUGAAAAAGUUUGUGGAUAUUUUAAACAUCUUUAUAAAGAUUUUUGUCCAGAAGAAUGGGUCAGUAAAUGGGACGAUGAAAUGGAUCGUGGAGUUUUUCCUGGUAUUCAUGAUUAA